AUGACCACCACCAGCAGCAGCAAUAGAAGGGCGUCACUGGCCAAGGACCGGGCAAUACGGAAGGAAGCUGUUUCUGCUCUGAACUCUGGAGUGCAAUCGCAUCCUCACACCCCACCCCAUCCACCCACACCACCGCCUAGAGACUUCUGGGGACCUCUCAAGUCCACUACUCUGAAAGGUGAGGGCUCAGGCCACCUAGGCGCGGGCACAGUGGACACACUCGCACCGAGAGGCGCGACCCCGGGUGAGACCCCAACCGGGAGCAGUCGAGAAGCCCAGGAGCCCUUGCUGUACAAGGGAAUCAGCGCAGGCGCAGCAGAAAACGCCCCCGGGCAGGGCCCGGCCCCGCAGCGGCAGUAUGAGAGCCGGUGCCGCCCCUCGCGGUCGGUGGACGCGUGGCGAACCGAGGCGGCGGCUCCGGGCUCUGCAUGGGGACGACAAGCCCUGAGCUCUUCUGCGCUGGCUGCAGCAGGGCUGCUGUGCACAGCAUUGACCGCCUGCAUCUGCUGGGGACAGCUGCCGCAGCUGCCCUGGGCGUCCCCAGCCCCGCCGCGCCCAGUUAGCGUGUUGCUCUGGUGGGAACCUUUUGCCGGGCGCAGCGGCUACUCCAGGCCUCCCCCUGAUUGCAGCCUGCGCUUCAACAUCAGCGGCUGCCGCUUGCUCACCGACCGCGCGGCCUACGGGGAAGCUCAAGCAGUGCUGUUCCACCACCGCGAUCUGGUGAACGGACCCCCCGACUGGCCCCCGCCCUGGGGUGCCCAAGUGCGCACGGACGAGGCUCUGGAGCUACGCGUAUUCGACGACCAUGAGGGAGCGGCGAUGCUAGCAGGCUCUAGACCUCCGGGUCAGCGCUGGGUGUGGAUGAACUUCGAAUCACCCACCCACUCCCCUGGGUUGCGAGGCUUGGCUAAGAAUCUUUUCAAUUGGACCUUGUCCUACCGGGCCGAUUCGGAUAUCUUCGUGCCCUAUGGCUUCCUCUACCCCAGAAGUCACCCAACUGACCAGCCAUCAGGUCUGGCCCCCCAGCUGGCCCGCAAGCGGGGCCUGGUGGCCUGGGUUGUGAGCCACUGGGAUGAACGCCAGGCACGGGUCAGUUAUUACUACCAACUGAGCCGACAUGUGCCUGUGGACGUGUUUGGUCGGGCGGGACCCGGACAGCCGGUGCCAGCUAGCGGACUGCUGCACACUGUGGCCCGCUACAAGUUUUACCUGGCCUUUGAGAACUCGCAGCACGUGGAUUACAUCACUGAGAAGCUGUGGCGGAAUGCCUUCCUGGCCGGGGCCGUGCCCGUGGUGUUAGGUCCUGACCGUGCCAACUAUGAGCGCUUUGUGCCUCGUGGUGCCUUCAUCCACGUGGAUGAUUUCCCUAGUGCUGCUUCCCUGGCAGCCUACCUGCUCUUUCUUGACCGAAACGUGGCUGUCUAUCGCCGCUACUUCCACUGGCGCCGGAGCUAUGCCGUGCACAUUACCUCCUUCUGGGAUGAGCCGUGGUGCCGGACAUGCCAAGCUGUGCAGACCUCUGGGGACCAGCCCAAGAGUAUUCGCAACUUGGCAGGCUGGUUUGAGCGGUGAGGCCACUCUGCUGUGAAUUGACUACAUCUCGGCUGAAGUUUUUAAAUGCCCAAUUCUGCUUGAUGGGAAAAAGAUGAGAUACCGAUUAAUAUUAUUUGGCACAAAGAUGGGAUGGGAAAAUUCCCAGACCCAUGUGACUUUUUACAGAGAGCUGGGCUGGCUCUCUGUUGGGGGCAGUGGUGUCCUGAGUGAGGAUGGAGGCUCUCUUCCUUACUGCCAUCCAUGUGAAGAAGUGGCUUUUCCUUCUGGCCAUGCGGCCUCUAAAUUCUCUAGCCCACCGUUGCUUGGACCAGUGAGGAGCAAACCACUGGUUUUGAAAGCUGCUGAGUGUGAGAUGGAGGGAGGACUGUGCCCAGAGUGGGUUUUUCUUUGAUGGUUGGAUUCCUCAAACCAUCCGAUCCUGGAAAAUAGAAGCCAUUGAUUUCCUUCACCAGCUGUUGGUGUCCCCAGCCUGUGAAUAGAAAUAAGAGGCAAGAUUAUCCUCAGCCGAAAGUCAAGGUGAAGAUGUGGAUGCACCUCACUUCGCACUAGAAACCUAUUCCUGACAAGCUGCAUUUAAGCAACACGUCAAAUUCAGGGCCCUAGGAGAGGACGGUAUUUAAUAGGAAUAAAUGGGAAAUCCCUUCAUAAUGUGAACGAUCACCUCCUAAUUGUUUCUUCUGUCUUCAUACGUCCCUAUAAACUGGAUUAAGAAAGCAUUAAAAAUACAGAUAUGAAGAAGCACAUGUAUCUUCUUGCCCUUUUCCUAACCAGUGUUUACAACGGAAGAGACAUCAAUGUUAGUGUCAUGUCCACAAAGUUGUUUAUUUCGUGUCUCGGCUGGAUCUGAAAUUUAAACUAGAAUGUUAGUCCUUAAGCAGCAUUGGCAGUGCUGUGCAGAGAGAACAGUAAAAGAGACUUUGAUGAACUAUGGGUUUGUGCAAAAGGGAAAAAAAAUCUUUUUGUGUGUCUGUUAUAUGGUUGUUCUGUUUCUGUCCUUGUUGUUGUCAAAUGGAACUGAAGUAGUGCCUUCAGAUUAGUUGUCUUUUCUUUGUUAAAUGCUAAAAUCUGCAGGUUCUCCUCUGAAUCUGUAUCUCAGUACACUGAUUCUAGUGCCUUUGAGCCUAUCUGUGGACCAAUCUUGAAAAUACACUCCUGGACUUUCCAAGUUCAACAGAAGUCAGGGCGUGCCUGUGUGUGCCAAACACUGGGCUUGAGCUCCCCAGGGAGGUACAGAAAGGUGUAAGAAGUGCCUUCUCUGAUCUACCACUGCCACAGUGAAUAGGGAUUUUGGUCACAAAAAUAAAGCAUCAUUCAUAAAUCAGAAGGCUUCACGCUGUCUGUCACGCUAGGACCCUCUGUCACUGUUAUGGGCAGGUUCCAAGAUUAGAGUUCUGCUGCUGUUUAGAUCAGGUUUGCGUCCAAGAGCUUAGGUCCAGGUGUUUCUGUUCUUUCUCUUCCAUAAAGGAAAAGGCAGUAAUUAAAAGCUGUGAAUAAUGUUUCCUCCCUCAAGUGUUAUAGUGUGGGCAGAACCGCAAUUACAGAACACCAGCCACCGAGCAAAGGCAAAACAAAAGUUCUGGGUUUUGUUUGUUUUGUUUUUUCAAGACAGAGUUUCUCUGUAGAGUCCUAGAACUCUCUUCUCCUCGACCAGGCUGGCCU